UUAGAGAAAAUACGACUUUAAACACAACGGUGCGGGGGCUGGGUGAAAGGAUUGGUCACUUUGAAGCUAUUGAUCAUUUUACUAUGACUAAAUCAAAUCAGUGAGUGAGAGGACAGAGCUGUCUUAAGACACUGGUGAAAAUGUUAUCCCCUUGGAAGACGGUUAAAUACUCUCUCAGGGCUGGAAACUGAAAGUUUUUCAAUUGUGACUCCGUCCCACUGAGUGACCAGAUCACUCUGCUCCACAGAGAGCUCAAACCUAACACUCUGGUACUAAGCUGAAGACUUGGAGACUGAAAAGGGAUACCACGGCUCAUGCUCAUAGAUUUUUUUUUUUGUCCCUCAAGAGCAGGGAGGUAUUCUUUUUAUAAAGAAUGGGAGAUUAUGAUGAAGACACUGCAUUCCUCGGGCAGACUGGUCCUUAUUUCUGGACCACAUUUUUUCUUCUAAACACAGUUUUUGUCUCAACUGGAUUCAAUGGACUUUACAUUGUCUUUGUCGGGGCAACUCCAGAACAUCACUGUCUCAUUCCAGACGUUAACUUGACUGAGGAGUGGACUCAGGCCAUCAUUCCUUUUACAAUUGUAGAUGGUAACGAAGUCCUUAGCCGGUGCAGUAGGUAUAGGCUAGAUGUGGUGAGAAAUCUCUCAGAUGAAGGAUAUAUUCCUGGAAGGAAUGUCAACCUCACUAACUUGGAGCAGGAGGGAUGUUUAGAUGGAUGGAACUACAGCAGAGAGAUCUACCAGUCCAAUAUAGUCACUGAGUGGGACCUUGUUUGUGAUGACCAGUGGAAAGUUCCCUUUGCAUCUUCGACUCUCUUUGUGGGAUACCUCUUUGGGUCUCUAAUCUCAGGCUAUCUAUCUGACAGGUUUGGGAGGAAGAAGGUUGUUUUCAUCUCUCUCGGGGCCCAGUGUGUCUCAGUCCUGCUUCAGUCCUUCUCUCAUUCAUGGAAGAUGUUCUGCAUCAUGUUCCUUUUUGUUGGCGCCUCCCAGAUAUCCAUUUAUAUUUCUGCAUUUGUACUAGGAACUGAGGUUUUGAGUAAAACUAUGCGAGUGCUCUUCACAACUCUUGGGGCCUUCCUUUUCUAUUGCAUUGGGUACAUGACACUACCCUGGAUUGCAUACAGCAUCCGGGAAUGGAGGACUCUGCUUGCCGUUCUGUCCACAACUGCUGUGGUCUACAUCCCACUGUGGUGGUUCAUCCCAGAGUCUCCUCGGUGGCUGGUCACUCAGGGACGAGUGGAGGAGGCUGAGGCCAUUGUGAGGGAUGCUGCAAGGAAAAACAAAGUUGAAGCGCCAACCGUAAUCUUUAAAGUAUCUGAGGCGUUGUCUUCAAGCAGGACAUACAGCAUGCUUGAUGUCCUAAAAUCCAAGAACAUCAGAUGCAUCACACUGAUGUGUCUCGUUUUGUGGAUGGCAAUAAACAUUGGGUAUUUUGGAUUAUCGCUGAACACCUCCAACCUGAGUGGCGACCCCUUUAUGAACUGUUUUUUAUCAGCUACUACCGAGGUCCCUGCCUAUGUUGUUUCUACUUGGCUGCUAAGGAAAUGUCCAAGAAGAGCACUUCUGUCAUCGUUCCUCGCCAUUGGAGGAGGACUUCUUCUUCUAAUCCAGUUCAUUCCUGAUACCCUUCAGUAUGUUGCUCUGGCACUAGAAAUGACUGGAAAGUUUGGCUUCACCAUGGCCUUCAGCAUCGUCUACAUCUACACUGCUGAGAUUUACCCCACUGUACUCAGGAACGUCGGCAUGGGAAUGUGUUCCUCUGCUGCAAGAAUUGGCAGUAUCACGGCACCUUAUGUCAUCUAUUUAGGUACUUAUAAUAAGGUUCUGCCUUAUAUUUUCAUGGGAAGUCUUACAAUUGCCUCCUCUGUGGUGAACCUCUUUCUUCCGGAGACCUUCAAUAGAGAUCUUCCAGAAACAUUGGAGCAGAUGCAAGAAUGUCAAGGUGUUUCUUUUGAUUACAGGUUCUGCAAUGGAUCCAAAAAGGGGAAAUAUGUAGAAGAUGAAAGAAGGAAGAAACCAUCCAUACAACAUGGGGCCAAAUCUGAUAUCCAGACUCGUACUCCAUAGUUUUUUUCAAUUGCCUUGCUUCACUGUUAAGAAAGAAAGGAAAAAAAGAUUUUUGCUUAAAAGUAAUAAUCUCACAUCCCAAAAUAAAAAAUCUAAGACAAGCACAGUGGGAUCCAAAAGUAUACUGGCAAGAACGUUUGGGUUUUGUCAUCAUUUUUGAAAGGUCUAUUUUCCUACUCAGUUGAUUUUUCGUAGAAAAUGAUUAAAUCUUACAGUGUUUGUAUACAAUUGAAAACAUUGUCUGAUUGGUCUCUAAUUUUUGGUACAACACAUUUAAUUAAAAU